AUGACGGUAAGCACUAUCUCGAAAUUAUUGGAAGGACUCUGAUAAUAUGAUCAUAUCCAUACCUUGCACUGACAACAUUGUAUAGACCGAGCAGCUGUUGGAGAGUUUGAAAAAAUUGACGGGACCAGGAGCAGAUGAUGAAAGGAAGCGAAGAGUGAUGGUGUACACGCAAAGGGAAAAGAAUCUGAGGCGGGAGGCCAAAGACCAAGCUUGGAGUAAGGAGAGGAAAAUCAGAGCGGAGAUGACACAAAUCUGUCAACAAGCUAGAGCUUGCGGAGAAGAGAGCCAGAGUUGCGGAGAAGAAGAAAGCCAACUGGGAAGUCAAGAAGGUAGAGAAUCAAGCAAAGAGGAAGCGAAGAAGGCCAGGAUGGCAAUCUUAGAUGCUAAGAAGAUGGUAAGUUUUAUUCAUUCCUUGCUCAUUGGCGAGGAUCCUGGAUGCUAUUGUUAUAGAUUGCCUAAUUAUGUGGAUGCCCAGGGUUUACAAACUCCAAUGAAGAGGAAAGAGCUUAAGAAGAUUGUGAAGUGGGAGCGAUACAAGACUCGAAAGGAGGCAAAGAGCAAGAGUAAUGGCAAUAUAGUGGAGCCGACGGAGGAGGCAGAUGUUGAUACGAUGGAGGCGGGUAAGGAGGCUCAAGGCGCAACUUUUCAACUUCCUAUCAGGGAAAAGUGA